AUGUCUUCGGAGAGUAAAAAACGUAAGCCAAACUGGACUGAUGAUGAAAUGAAAAUUCUAACAUCUUGUGUAAUUGAAAACAAAGAUGUAUUAUUUGCACAACUGUCGGCAUCAGUGACAAACGAGAAAAAGAAAGCUGUAUGGGAAGACAUCACAAAGCAAAUAAAUUCUUCUUCUGCCUUGUGCAAGAGGGAAACAGAAGAAAUAAAAAAGAAAUGGAAAGAUGCAAGAUCCAUUGUAAAGAAGAAAGAAGCCAGUAGAAAAUACAAGACGAAGAGAACGGGCGGAGGUCUUCCCCCGGAAUCUAUUUUGUCAAUUAUACCGGAUGAACUUAUCUCUGGGAUUGACGGAGGGGUUGAUAAUGCCUUUGCCAGUAAUUCUGAAACAAUAGAAGAAGUUGACGUUCCGGAAGAAGCUCCAAGUGUACAUGUGUCCAGGCCUUCCACCGACACAUUCUCUGCUUCAACUCUGUAUGGAUCCAAACGUAAAGACACGGCCAGCAACCCCGACGCUGAGUUUAUACUGAAUUUGAUAGAAGUGAAGAAGAGAAGAGCCAUCGCAGAGGAGAGAAAAACAGAUGCCCUAGAGAGAAUAGCGGCGGCAUUUGAAAACAAAUUUGGCAUUUAA